AUGGAGACACAGACCAGAACACGACUGAAACUAGAGCCAGUGCGGACUGAAACAUUGCGGUAUGGAUUGCCUGCAAGUACAAUACCCGCUCCUCGUUCUCCGCGUCGUCGUCCGUCUAUCUUCGAGCCACCACUGAAGCCCCAUGGUCUCCCAAGUCCUCUCCAUCUGAUCACGCCAGGGCUGGACCAGGGGAUGAGGCGGCACGAGCGAGCAAUGUUGGACAGUUUUGACCAGCGAAGACCGUCUCAGGCUCGUAGAGACUCCGCCCAGCUGCUGCCUUCAAUCCCCGAGCAAAGUCCACCAUCACGAGAGCGCCCGUAUAACGGCUGCUCACCGCCUCCCACCUUGGCAGCACGGACUCGCCAUCACCUCCUUUACGGGGCCCCCGAUUCACAACUUUCACCUGUUAGCACUCCUGCGAGUAUGGGGCGCCGCCAGUCGAUGCCCACGGGUUUGUCGUCGGCGUUACCAACGUCAAUACCUUCAGCAGCGUUGCCAUCACCGAUUCGGGUCGUGCGUCAGCAGGAUGGUAUAGGUCGACAGAAGGCCCAGGAGAUCUAUGGACAGCAUAUCUUCCAAGGGUGUUUGGUGAAAGCAGUCGAUCUCCGGAAAUUCAGCGAGAGCUCAGCAAGCGGCGAUAGUCCAGCUCCCCGAGAGCUGGCGAUGGACAAGAUGGGCCAGAAACUCAAAUACAGUGCGAUGGCAUGGUCGCCGGACAAACCUAAAGGCCGUUCCUUUUUCAAGUACCUUGACCCUGCUGAGCUGAGAGGGAGCAUUCCGACAGAUGCCCCUGAGCCAUCAGAUGUAUCCAGGCAUGCGACAGAUCACAUGAGUCCGAGGAGAGCUUCUCUAAGUACCACCAAGGAGCGUCGUUUGGAUAAGGAGCAUCGUCGAUUGUCCGCCCCAAUAUUAUCAGCAGACCGAUGGUGCGAAAUGGCACUACCAGUUCUUACUAAUCUCCUCGUAGACUAUGAACUAGCACGCUAUUUCUUCCCGCUCAUCGCUCUAUAUUUGCAUAGCAAGACCGUUGAACCUGGUGACAUUUUGGAACUACCAAUGCCUCACCCAAAGGCGUGGUACCAAACCUUCCGCUACGCUUGCACUGAGCAGGGAGAGUUAACCGAUGCUAUCAAGGAGAACAUCACAUACUUAGGAGGGAAGGCGUGA